CAUCAAUAAACAAAACAGUACACAUUCUCUCUAUAAAUUCCUCGAUUAGCAUCUCAAUGUUCUUACAAUUCUUUCUUAUAAUAUUCUUCAUUACAGUAUCAUCAGCAAUAUCUAACAGUAACCAUUAGUAUCGUCAAAUAUGAACCUCUUCUUCUCUGUUAGGUAUGUAUACUUUUUGCUUGAUGCUGGUAGUCUUUAUCGUAUGUAUUUAAUUUGCUAAUUUAUAUUUUAUCUAGCUUACAAUGGAAGUUCCCAACUUCGAUCGAUUGUUACAAGCAUUCGGUAUAGUCGUCGAAGAAUGUCUUAGAUUAAGAAAUGUUCUUGUAUCCAAUCAAGGAGUUGAUAUCUUGAAUACUAUCCAAGGUGUAACUGCCUGGCUUGAUGGGAUCCAGGCACAGAUGGAUCGGACAGGAAUGCAGAUGAACGGGAUGCAAAUACAAAUGGAAGAUAGGUUGCAAAGGAUUGAUGGAAGAUUUGAUGGACUAGAGAGGAGGAUUAUGGCUUUGUAAGUUCCCUUCUUUCUAGUUGUUGUUCUCUUCUUUCUUUAUUAUGUAUACUGAUCUAUAUCUCUCAAUAUUAGAGAUUACAAUUCUGCAUCUCGAGCACAAAAUUCAACGAUAUCUUACCUUGACAAACGGCUUUCUUCUUUGGUCGAUACAGAUACUUUCGAACAAAUUUCAGACUUUCCUCAAACACCUGCUGAUCUUAACCGUAUAACGACUAUAACUAUCAAUCGAAUACUUGCAACACUAGAGUUCAAUACCGAUGGAAAUCUUGAUACUAAAUGCGAUCGCCUUCGUAUUACUAUAGGUAUAAGGAUUGGCGGAGUCUAAGGUCAAUAUCGAGUCCAGUCAUUAUUAGUGCUUUUAGCACCAAGCUUCAGUAUUAGUGGAGGGCUGAAUACAGCGGUAGCAUUCGUUUUGCUAGAUUUGAGGAUUGGUAAUGUCUAAGAUUGAUGGUUUUUAAAGAGUGUACCUAGGAGAAAAUAGGGCGUAUACAUGUCUGUUGUGCUUUUGUGUUA